CCUAGAAUCCAGAUCUAGUAGAUCUAGAUGAGAUGAGAUGUGUAACCUCGGCCUCAACGCACAAUCGUGACUAUGUAGUUGAACGUAGCCGAUUUUUGACGAAUAACAAAUUGUGUACACAUAAAAAAGCGUGACAUUGUUUAUAAAUGACCCUUAAAUGAAAGAGAAGAAAAUCUUCUAGGGCUUUGAGUCUUUGACUUUUAGAAUGAUUAUUAAGAAGUAGCCAAAAUAAGCCACCAUGCCUUUCCUAACUCUGGGCAACUUUGUUUUGAUGAGCAUGCAAUGGCUUUAUGAAACAUUGCGGCAAAGAAGGUACGGACUAGCAAUGAAUCGUCUGCUUCGCACCUCCAGCAUCCUGGUCCAGAAAUUGAAGAAAUCCAACACAAGUAGUUUAGCCAAGAGUUUACUGUUUGAAGCAGAUCUUGGGAAGUCUGAACGAAUAGAGUUCCAGGACGAUUAUAUUUCUAUCUCUGCCAUUGAACCUGUGCAAGAAGUUGACCUAAGUACCUGGACCUCCUACACAUCAUACAUAGAAGUUCCCAACUUAGUGCCAGAACCACAACAAAAUAUUUGUCUCCUACUGGAGGCACGGAGACCCAAAAACUUGGAGAGGUUUCUCAAUGAAACCUUGAACAUACUACCAGCAUAUAGGGUCCAUGUACUGCUACACGGGUACCCCAUCGCCUGGAAAACUGCUGACCCUUUCGCCAUUGUCCUACACUGUAGCUUCCCUGGUCUUAUCGCACUCACUGAUGCAUUUGGUCAGGGCAGGCUCACCUUUGAUGAAGACCUUGAACUCUUACAGCUAGUGACAAUAACCACCAAGGGAAGCCCACAAAAGCUGGUCCCCAAUGUGUACGAGUCUAUGGACACAAUAAGUGGCACCACAGUGGACAUAAACAGCAAGCCACUCGAUAGGGGAAUCACCAGGGGUGUCAUUGGAGCACACCUGGAUGACAGUGAACCUGUUAAUGAAGACCAGCCCACAUUUGUGUCUUCUACAAAGCUGGUUUUAAACCAGCCAGUUGUGAAAGAGGAUUCUAGUUUACAAGUUAAAUCUACAGCCAUUCAUAACAUUUCUGUAAAACCAGAGGCAGAUGACCGUCUUGACCAGCCACAGCAACCUGCGGACGUAGGUCAACCUGCGGCAGGUGACAGAGGUCAGCCUAUCACAGGGGACAUAGGUCAACCUGCGGCAGGAGAUAAAGAUCAGCCUGUGGCAAACGACAACGGCUUGACCACCAACCUACCCAAACCCCACACCAAACCACCAAACAUUCUCGUGUACUGCGGCGCCAAAGACACCGCCAGGAUUUUCUCCGAGGUCAAAUCCAGCCUAGAGUCCAGCAUCAACACCGACGCCUACACCAUCUACCACCUCUCCCAGGAGAAAAUGCUAUCGGCGCCAUGGUCCAACAACACGGCUCUGCUCAUCGUCUCCUCCUGCGCCCAGCUCCAGCAAGAUGUCGAGGACAAGGUAGUGGACUACGUCCUCAAAGACUGCGGCCGCUUGCUGAGCUUCAACACCUCGGUGGACGCCAGGUUUGCGCAGAAGGUGGAAGAGGAAGAUUGCAAAGGGGAUCGUGUUGUGACAUUCAGGUUUGGUGACUGCGAUCAUGUGACUACUGUCAGGGGUCGUUUUUAUUACUAUGGCAUGUCGGAUAGUGCUGAGGUGAUAAUUCCUUAUGAAAAUGCGGAGGAGUUUGAGAAGUCUUUAGGACAUUCUAGCGAAGCUGACGGCGUUAAGAAAGCUUUAGUUUUAAAAACAAUUGGAAUGGACGGCGGUGUGGUCAUUUUAUCACAGCUGCUCCUAGAAAGAGAUCCCACAGAAUUUGCGUGUGACCAGGAAUCGUUUGCCUCCCUCAAGCGCUCCAACGCUGACCGUCUGACCGUGUUCCGAGAGCUCCUCACCUCCCUGGGGAUUGACACCAGCCCAGGUGUGGUCCCCCCACUCACCCCCUGCCUCCUGCUUGUACGGAGAAUUGGGUUGAAAGAAUCAUUUCUAGAAUCCUUCAAAUAUCGCCUGCAUGCAGACAGGGUACUCAAAGCCCAGAAAAUAAGCUUAAAAUUUCUUCAGUCCCCUGACGACACGGCACCCACCUCGUCUCUCCUCCCUGUCAUGACGUCAACAGAGUGUGACGUCAAGACCAAAUACUUUGACCUGACGGACUACUGGAUGAACCUGAAGACGUCAGUACUGGGCCAGGUUGUGUUCUACACCGACGUCAUCACCACCACCAUGACUGUGUUUGAGGGGCUACUCUUCUCCAUCCCCGACGACGUGGGGGUUAUUGCCAUCGCAGGCCGCCAAACCAGCGGCAAAGGAAGGGGAGGUAAUGCGUGGAUAAGUCCAGAGGGCUGUGCAAUGUUUACUCUCCCUUUGACAAUCAGCUUAGACAGUGAACUUGGACAUAAAGUGUCAUUUCUGCAACAUCUGGUAUCAUUAGCUGUCGUCAAAAGUGUCGUCACUCUGCCAGGGUAUGAGAAUCUGGACCUUAAACUGAAGUGGCCAAAUGACAUUUAUUAUGGCAAGGAAAUGAAACUUGGGGGUGUACUUGUCACAUCUACUGUCAUGGGCUCCAAAAUAUUUGCCACUAUAGGGUGUGGUUUUAAUGUCUCCAACAGCAACCCAACCAUCUGCAUCAACGACAUCAUCAGGCGGUUCAACAGCUCACAUACUCCUCCACUCGACCUUUCACCUUUGUCAGUCAGCCAGCUGAUUGGGCGUACUGUAACUUCCCUGGAGAGUCUGGUCCAAGAAUUUGAGAGGAGCGGCCACCGAGGUUUUUGUCAAGAAUAUUACAAGUACUGGCUCCACACGGGUGCCACUGUGACUGUACAGCUAGAUCAACCAACAGUAGGGGAGAUAAUAGGACUAGACGAGCACGGGUUUCUCUCUAUACGUACAACAGACAACGUCCUUAUGAGUGUUCAGCCCGAUGGAAAUUCAUUUGAUAUGAUGCAUAACUUAAUCUACGUCAAAUCUUGAAACAACAGAACUUAUUUGACAUGAUGCAUAACUUAAUCUACGUCAAAUCUUGAAACAACAGUCGCAUAUUUUAAUGAACUCACUUGACAUGAUGGAUAACUUAAUCUAUGUCACUCAUUUAAAUUAAUCAGACAGAAAACUUGUCAAAUGUGAUGUUUAAUUUAAUCAGUCAAAUUAUGAAAUAACAGUCAACUAUUUUAAUCUAUUAAUUUUAACCAAGUAAUAUUCAGCUAUUAUUUCUUUAAUUCUUAUGCUCAUGUAGUAAAAACAAAAGAAAUACUGGUCUGUGUUCCAUACCUGUGGCUCACAAUACCACAGUAUUUGUAUCUGCUUUAUAAAGAGGUGCUAGAUCAAUGUUAGUAAACUUUACACUAAUGUAACGCUAGUAUUAAUGUUAACCCUAUCCAAAACCCUAUAACUCAAAGCCCAAACCCUAAUUUCUAGACCUAGUUCAUUUAAAA